AUGCGUGCACUAAAUACGCAGGGAAGCGACAGCGGCCUCUCCAAACAGCAGUACUUGGUCACAGCUAUCCCGGCCUUUCUCGUCGCCGUGGUCGUGCUCGGCCUCUUGAUGAGCAGGAUGCUCCUCCCCGGCCCAAACACCAACGCGUGCAGGACGCACGAGUGCCGUGAGUACGGCCGCCGAUUAGCCACCUCGCUGAACACGUCGGUCAGUCCCUGCGACAGCUUUACGAACUUCGUCUGUGACGGCUGGCGGCGUGAAAACAUGCUCUCGGUGCAUGACGACCUCGUGUGGGAGACCCUAGACCGUAUCAGACGCCUAAUACAGCGCAUCGUCAUCCCCGAUACGGGUCAGGAUGACUUGCAGAGGGCGGCCGCUGCCUUUAAGAGCUGCUACGACGUAGCCCAAGGCGCCCGAGAUGAACUGCCCGCUGUGAGGCAAGCCCUACUUGAAGCCGGCAUAACGUGGCCGCACCGUCCCGCUAGAGUCGACGUCCUUCGCGUGCUCCUGUACACCAGUGCCAAACUGGGCUGGGACACCCUCCUGCGCGUGAUUCCUACUCGAGUAGACGGUCACCACGUAAUCGUCGUCGGCCGUGGCUCGUCCUUCGUGCAGCUGUACUACCAGUUCGCGAUGCUGAGGUCAUUCACUGAGAAGAAAGAUUACUUUUACGCGCUCAAGAAUAGUUUCGAGAACGAUGACGUGGGUGACGAAGUAACCUUCAAAAAGUUGAUGGACCUCGAGUACGCAGCUAUGAGCGAGCUGUCGCAGUUAUACAAGGACACGUCCGCUGCAGUUGAUUUGCCGCCCGACGCCUUCAGUGAGGGGUCGUUGGCGAGUCUCUCCGAGAGGAGCUGGCGUCGUGUUCUUGCGGAAGACGACUUCAAUGUGACUGGUGAGUUCAUCUUCCGCGUACUGACGUUAAAGUAUGUUCAAGCCUUCAUGCAGCUCUGGCGUAUUCUGGGCGACGUGGACGUGUACUGGCUAGUCUCCUGGGGCACCGUGCAGGUUGCAGCGCUGUACGCGAACCAAGACCUCAUCCUCAAGUUUUACGGUGGAACGAAGGUUUGGGCAAUGGUUCGUCAGGGUGCCUUUUGCUUGAGCCGAGCCUAUCGGUUUUCGAAGCACGCGCUUUCCAAUAGAUACGACCAAAAGGCUUUUAACAUGAAAAGACUAGGCGCUGCCAAAAGGCUCGCUCUUCAAAUCCGCGAAGCCGUGCACCAACAAUUAGCGAAAUGGGUUCAUUACGACGAAGGUAUCAGAGUAGUAGCCAACUGGAGUUCCCUAGAGGCGCCGUUCGAGGCGUUCCGCAUCCGAGACGAAGACAGCGAGAGCCACGAUGGCCACUCCGAAGCAUUGCCUUCGCUGGAUCUGGGCAACUCGUUUGUUGCCAACUGGCGUAAGUUAGGUUCCGGUUGCUGA